AGAAACAAAACAGAUUUUGAUGUGAUGUUGUAAUCUGUACUCGAGGCUCGAGAGUUCUAAACAUUUUGACCAAGUAUUUUUUGAAAUAACAAAAAAUGUUAAUCGAAGUAGACGAUCCUCGAACUGUUAGUGUGAUGGGCUUGCUGCAGCAUUGUAAUUCUUCUGAAUUAAAGGAGCUGUUAAACGAAGACGCCCGUUUAGAAUUUAUCAUACGCGAUUCUCAGUUGGUCAAACAACAAGAAGCAGAGAAGGAUGUCCUGUUGGCUAGUAAUAAGUCUUUAGCUGAGUAUAACUUGACUUGGGAACCGAAACUCAAUUCUGGAAAGCAGAAACUAGUUGAGCUCUAUCAAAUAGCUUCUCAGCUUGAAAGAAGUCGAGAAGAAAAGGAAAAAGAAGUGGAGGGACAGGCAGACAGCAUUUCACUUGACACCGCAAUUGGGUUGCUUCAGUCUGCUACACUGCAAGCUGAAGAAGAAUCAGAACAGUUGGCAGAGAAAUUUCUUGACAGAGCCCUAGAUGUAGAUACUUUUGUUGAAGAGUUUCAACAAAGAAGAAAGACGGCACACUUGAGAAAAGUCAAAGCUGAUAAAAUGAAAGAGCUGGUUGCAAAGCAAAAACAUUCUGCUCAGCAAUUUGGGGUUUCAAAUCCAGCAAGACCAGCUCCUCCUCCACCAAGCUAUGCUAACCAGCCUUUCAGCAAUAAUCCACUUCCACCUUAUCCAAUACAUAAUACUGCUGGUAACCUUCCCUAUCCAAUCUUCCCUCCCAAUAAUGCUCCUAAUAUGCCAUACCCCAUGUAUCCAAAUUCUAAUAUGUAUCCUCCUAGAUUUUAAGUUGAUUGAGUGAUCAUUAUGUUUUUCUUUCCAUUGUAUUAGAAAGCCUACAUAUUAACAAGGAUGUAACUGUACACAAACACAACAAAAU